AUGGCUGUGGCCUGCACCGCCCCAGGGAGCAUCUUCUGUAAGCAGCUCCUUUUCUCUCUCCUGGUUCAGCUAUUAUUUUGCGAUGCUUGUCAGAAAAUAUCUCUUCAAGUUCCUUCUCAUCUUCAGGCUGCAACACUUGUAGGCAAAGUGAAUCUGGAGGAGUGUCUCAAGUCAGCCAGCCUAAUCCUGCCUAGCGACCCUGCCUUUCGAAUUCUAGAAGAUGGCUCAAUUUACACAACGCGUGACCUCAUUUUGUCUUCUGAAAGGAAGAGCUUUUCCAUUUUUCUCUCAGACUAUCAGAGACAGGAACAAAAAGAAAUAGAGGUUGAAUUGUCAGCCAGAGGAAAAAAGGCCAUUAGGAAAAGGCAGACCAAAGACACAGUCCUCAGGCGCACUAAGAGAAAAUGGGCUCCUAUCCCAUGUUCUCUGAUGGAGAACUCACUGGGUCCAUUUCCACAGCAUGUUCAACAGAUCCAGUCUGAUGCUGCACAGAAUUACACUGUCUUUUAUUCCAUAAGUGGACAAGGAGUGGACAAAGAGCCUUUCAAUUUGUUCUACAUAGAGAAAGAAACUGGAGACAUCUAUUGUACACGAAGCAUUGACCGUGAGCAAUACGAUAAAUUUGAGGUCUAUGCCUAUGCAAUAACCCCAGAUGGCUAUGUACUCGAGUAUCCACUCCCCUUGUUUUUCAAAGUUGAAGAUGACAAUGAUAAUGCUCCAUAUUUUGAAAACAAAUUGACAGUCUUUAGCGUUCCUGAAAAUUGCCGAUCUGGAACUUCUGUGGGACAAGUGACUGCCAUAGACCAUGAUGAACCUGACACUCUACACACUCGUCUGAAAUAUAAAAUCCUACAACAAAUCCCAGAUCAUCCAAAGCAUUUCGCCGUACAUCCAGAUACAGGUGUCAUCACUACAACCACACCUUUACUGGACAGAGAAAAUUGUGAUACUUACCAAUUAGUAAUGGAAGUUCGAGACAUGGGGGGUCAACCUUUUGGUUUAUGUAAUACAGGAACAGUUACUAUUUCACUUGAGGAUGAAAAUGACAAUUCACCAUAUUUCACAGAAACUUCUUAUACUACAGAAGUAGAAGAAAACAGAAUUGAUGUUGAGAUUUUACGAAUGUCGGUACACGACAAGGAUUUGCCAAACACUCCUCACUCAAAGGCUGUAUAUACAAUCCUACAGGGAAAUGAAAAUGGGAAUUUCAAAAUCAGCACAGAUCCAAAUACAAACGAAGCAGUCUUAUGUGUUGUCAAGCCAUUGAACUAUGAAGUCAGUCGCCAAGUUAUUUUGCAAAUUGGUGUACUUAAUGAAGCACAAUUCUCUAAAGCAGCAAACUCACAACCUCCCACGAUGUGUACUACAACUGUCACUGUGAACAUUAAAGACAGUGAUGAAGGCCCUGAGUGCCAGCCACCAGUGAAAGUUAUUCAGAGUAAAGAUGGCCUCCCAGCUGGCAAGGAACUCCUUGGAUACAAAGCACUAGACCCAGAAACACACAGUGGUGAGGGCUUAAGGUAUCAGAAGGUAGGAGACGAAGAUAACUGGUUUGAAAUUAAUGAGAACACUGGCGACUUACGAACUUUAAAAGAACUAGAUCGAGAAUCAAAAUUUGUCAAAAACAACCAAUAUAAUGUUUCAGUAGUUGCGAUGGAUGCAGUUGGCCGUUCCUGCACUGGGACAUUAGUAGUUCUUUUGGAAGAUUUUAAUGAUCAUCCACCACAAAUCGAUAAAGACGUGACCAUCUGUCGUCACGAAAAGGAUUUUGCUGUUCUAGAACCCGUAGACCCAGAUGCGCCAGAAAAUGGCCCACCUUUUCAAUUCUUUCUGGAUAAUUCUGCCAACAAACUUUGGACUUUAGAAUCAAAAGAUGGUAAACGUGCUAUCCUUCGUGAACGGCAAAAUCUAGAUUAUAACUAUUAUUUCGUGCCUAUUCAAAUACAAGACAGGCAUGGUUUUGCUGCAAAACAUGUGUUAUCAGUGAAAGUAUGUGAUUGCACUAUUCCAUCUGAGUGUAGGAUGGAUGUUAAAAGUCAGAGAGAUGUUAAACCAUCAAAUGUAAUACUUGGAAAAUGGGCCAUUCUUUCCAUGGCUUUGGGAUCUGCACUGUUGUUAUGUAUUCUGUUUACAUGUUUCUGUGUCACUGCUCAGAGAACAGUAAAGAAAUGUUUUCCAGAAGAUGUAGCCCAGCAAAAUUUAAUUGUAUCGAAUACUGAAGGACCUGGAGAAGAAGUGAUGGAAGCAAACAUUAGGCUCCCCACACAGACGUCCAACAUUUGUGACACAAGCAUGUCUGUUGGUACCCUUGGGGGCCAGGGAAUCAAAACACAGCAAAGUUUUGAGAUGGUCAAAGGAGGCUACACUUUGGAUUCCAGCAAAGGAGGUGGACAUCAGACCUUAGAGUCCAGCAAAGGAGCAGGGCAAGGAAUGAUGGACACUGGCAGAUAUGCAUACACGGACUGGCAGAGCUUCACCCAACCUCGGCUUGGUGAAAAGGUGUAUUUGUGUGGCCAAGAUGAGGAGCAUAAACACUCAGCGGACUACGUGCGUUCGUACAACUAUGAAGGCAAGGGGUCUGUGGCCGGCUCCGUGGGCUGCUGCAGUGAUGGGCAGGAAGAAGAAGGCCUGGAGUUUCUGGAUCAUCUGGAACCCAAAUUUAGGACAUUAGCAAAGACGUGUGCAAAGUGA